AUGCAGAUUAAGACUGAACAUGAGGAUCUGACGCCCACCAGAAGCUCCAGUAAUCAGCAAACGUCCUCUGGUACUGUCAGCAUUAACACAUCUCUCAGUCCCACACAGGAAGAAGGAAACGUCUGCUCACAGUGUGGGAAGAGCUUCAGGUGCCUGAGUCAUCUCAAAAUACACCAGCGCAUUUACACAGGAGAGAAACCGUAUCAGUGCUCACAGUGUGGAAAGAGUUUUAAUGAACAGAGUAAGCUCAAAAUACACCAGCGCAUUCACACUGGAGAGAAACCGUAUCAGUGCUCACAGUGUGGAAAGAGUUUUAAUGAACAGAGUAAGCUCAAAAUACACCAGCGCAUUUACACAGGAGAGAAACCGUAUCAGUGCUCACAGUGUGGAAAGAGUUUUAAUGAACAGAGUAAGCUCAAAAUACACCAGCGCAUUCACACUGGAGAGAAACCAUAUCAGUGCUCACAGUGUGGGAAGAGUUUUAUUACACAGGGUAAUCUUAAAAUACACCAGCGCAUUCACACUGGAGAGAAACCGUAUCAGUGUUCACAGUGUGGCAAGAGUUUUAAUACAAAGAGUGAGCUUAAAAUACACCAGCGCAUUCACACUGGAGAGAAAUCGUAUCAGUGUUCACAGUGUGGAAAGAGUUUUAAUAGAAAGAGUGAGCUUAAAAUACACCAGCGCAUUCACACUGGAGAGAAACCGUAUCAGUGCUCACAGUGUGGGAAGAGUUUUAAUCAACAGGGUAAUCUCAAAAUACACCAGCACAUUCACACUGGAGAGAAACCGUAUCAGUGCUCACAGUGUGGAAAGAGUUUUAAUAGACAGAGUACUCUGAAAAGACACCAGCGUGUUCACACUGCAGAGAAACCGUAUCAGUGCUCACAGUGUGGAAAGAGUUUUAUUACAAAGAGUGAGCUUAAAGUACACCAGCACGUUCACACUGGAGAGAAACCGUAUCAGUGCUCACAGUGUGGGAAGAGUUUUAUUACACAAAGUAAUCUCAAUAAACACCAGCGCCGCAUUCACACUGGAGAGAAACCGUAUCAGUGCUCACAGUGUGGGAAGAGUUUUAAUCAACAGGGUAAUCUCAAAAUACACCAGCACAUUCACACUGGAGAGAAACCGUAUCAGUGCUCACAGUGUGGAAAGAGUUUUAAUAGACAGAGUACUCUGAAAAGACACCAGCGUGUUCACACUGCAGAGAAACCGUAUCAGUGCUCACAGUGUGGAAAGAGUUUUAUUACAAAGAGUGAGCUUAAAGUACACCAGCACGUUCACACUGGAGAGAAACCGUAUCAGUGCUCACAGUGUGGGAAGAGUUUUAUUACACAAAGUAAUCUCAAUAAACACCAGCGCGUUCACACUGGAUAGAAACCGUAUCAGUGCGGAAAGAGUGUGGAAAGAGUAUCAGUGUGGAAAGAGUUUUAAUGAACAGAGUAAGCUCAAAAUACACCAGCGCAUUCACACUGGAGAG